UCAACCUUUCUAAUUGAAACCAUGGCCGCUGCAAAUGCUGCUAUUCGAUAUAAAAAACUAACUGAGAAACCUGAAGGAGAAGAAUCAGACACUGGCAGCCUGAGCAGCCAUGGUAGUGUCGAGGAAGAAAAAUCAUCUUUACUUGCUUCACAAUCUGCAAGUAUAAACCGCUCAUCCAGCUUACCUAAAAUACAGUACAAACAGUACUCAGAAAUCACUGAAAUACCUUCCAAGACUAGAAGAGAUCACUUUGAUAUUACACAGAGAAUAGAAAUGGGUCAAAUGGCUUCUAUGUUUUUCAGCAGAGCUGGCGUCCAUUUAUUUUAUGCGUGUAUUGUUAUAUAUUUAUAUGGUGACUUGGCCAUAUAUGCAGCAGCAGUUCCUACUUCACUUCGAGAUGUAGUCUGUUAUUCCAACCAAGGCAAUUCUAAUACUAAUUUGAGUGAGAAUCAUCCAUGUUGGAAUUCCAAGAACUUGACAAGAAUUGAUGUCUAUAGAAUAUUUCUGGGUGUUUUCACAGUGACAUUGGUGCCAUUUGUUUUCUUCAAUGUACAGAAAACUAAAUAUCUACAGAUCUUCACAAGUCUAAUGAGAUGGCUAGCAUUUUCAGUUAUGAUCAUUCUUGCCUUGAUCCAUGUAAGUAAAGGCAAAGGAGCUGGACAACCUAAAGCAUUCAUAUUUUCCGGAAUACCCAAUCUGUUUGGAGUGUGCAUCUACUCAUUCAUGUGCCAGCAUUCACUGCCUUCACUCGUCACCCCGAUCAAAAACAAAUCCAGAUUAUCUACUUUAUUUUUUGGAGAUUUCACUGUAAUCUUGAUGUUUUAUUUAGUGCUGUCUUUUACUGCAGUAUUCUGUUUUGACAACAGUCAGCUGAAAGAUCUCUACACGCUCAAUUUCAGUGACAGCGCAGUCUGUAGCGUUGUGGCAAUCCAAUACUUUCUAGCUCUCUUCCCAGUAUUUACACUAAGUACAAAUUUUCCUAUAAUUGCAAUAACCCUGAGAAAUAACCUAAAAACAAUGUUCCACAGGGAAGGUAAAAAAUGCCCGUGGAUGGUCGAUCAAAUAAUCUAUCCCAUGAUUACAGUGCUGCCGCCGAUCGGUGUUGCAUUUUAUACCCACGAUUUAGAGUUCCUUGUUGGCAUAACCGGCUCAUAUGCUGGAGUGGGUAUCCAGUAUCUCACACCAGCUUGUCUUGUUUAUUACGCCAGAAAACACAUUGACAGAUGCUAUGGAAAAAGACUGGAAAACAAACAUGCGUCACUCUUCAAGCACAAGAUAUGGGUAUUUUUUAUUUUAAUAUGGGCUGUAGCAUGUGUGAUAUUUGUGACUGUCAAUCAUAUAGUUUCACGAAAAUAGUAUAAAUUAUGCCAGCAACAGAAACGUUUUUUGACGUCUGGUGUUGUAGAUUCAGUCAAUUCAUUUUUGUGUGACGCUGAAUUUAACAGAGUUCCCUAAGUCAUAAAAGUCAAAAUGGUCGACUGAUCAACCUGGUUUUUAUAACAUUUGGUUAACAGUCGAACAUUAAAGAUACUGUUCCAACAAUUAUCGGAAUCGUUAUCCAGUAUUUUGGCCAGUAAUGCAAGAAAAAUUAAAUCCUGGUCCAGCUCAACAUAGACCCUAUAAAUAUAUCAUGCAGUACUCAAAUCCCACAUAUGAGAAUAAUUUAAAAACCUUAAGACCAUUGUAUGUCAUCACCACCACAGAGGAUGUUGUAUAUUUGUAUAAGGAGUUGUGUUAACAGGUAUAACUAGGCUGAAACUCGUUCACUUAUUGAUAAAGAAUAUGUGCCAACGUUUGUAUUACUGUAUUCAAGUCAUAUUAGUAUUAAUUCAAUACAUGGUCAUGCCACAAGAUUUUUGUUUCAUGCAUUUUCACAAUGGUGAACUGUAGAUGCAAUUAAAUUUUAUUAUUGGAAUUUGUCGAAAUGUAAAUCGGCCUCGGACGUAUUGGUAAUUUACUUGACAUAAAAUAAUGCAAUGUUAUCUGUGGAUAAUAAAAUGCUGACACAGUACAGCUGGGAACAUGUGCAUAUUUUUGUUUCCAAAUACCAAUGCCAUGAAUUUAUUAAAUUUUAAUGUAAUUGGUGCAGCUGAGUAUUUUCAUUAUUAUCAAAUCAAGAAAAGUAGGGAAGAAAUUGCACAAGAAACUAAAAAAUUUGAGAUGUGAUAACUUGUUCACAUGAUUAUAUUAUAGCCUCCAAUUCUUAA